AUGUCUCAAUAUGCAGCUUUGGAGGUGCCAUCUAAUGGCGAUCAUAGCAAAGGGCCAGCACUGGAAGCCGUGAAUCUGGCGUCGUUCUGUCUCGCAGCUGUUGUGGUUACCGCAAGAGUCCUAUAUCGCAUGGUGAAGACCAAGCAAACAUCAUGGGACGAUUAUACAAUAAUUAUAAGCACAGUCGCGGCGGCUCUCAACACGGCCUUCAUCGUCAAAUACGUUGAAUCCGGCGGAGGCAGGCACGCUUACUACCUAGGCAUGAGUGCUCUAGACGCAAAGAAAUGGAGUACGGUCGCUCAGAUACCGUUCAUUCUGUCCACGACACUCACCAAAGUGUCGAUCGCGCUCAUGAUCCUAAGGAUCUCGAACAGCCGGAAGCUCAAGUGGUCGAUGGCUCCCCUAAUUGCCAUCGUGGUCUGCGUGAAUUUUACGGGCCUCAUUAUGCUCGUGGCGGGAUGCACACCGUUCGAAGGACAGUGGAAUUACAUGAUCCAGCGCAAGUGCUGGCCACGAGAGGCGAUGAUGAGCCAGAAUUGGCUUCAAGGGGCCGUGUCAAUCGCCAGUGACUUCAUCUAUACUUCGCUCCCCAUCUUUGUGGUGUGGGGCCUCAAUAUCACGAGGAGACAGAAGGUCGCGAUCAGUGGACUUAUCGCGUUAGGUCUUUUGUGGAUAUCCCAUCUCCGAAGAAAGUACCAGCGCUGA